AUGAAGUUGACGGCGGCGCGUCGUUUGCCGGCUGUCAUGCUGGCACUGUCGGCUGCGGCCCCGGCAGCGCGUGGCAUAUUGUUUGACUUGGCAAGUAGCGGAGUAAAGUGCGUCUCAGAGAAAUUGGGCAACAAUGCCGUCGUUUUGGUUAAUUUCGUGGCUUUGUACGGCGAGCACGACAAUUUCAACGCCACCCUUGCUCCAUCCAUCUCCGUUAAGGGUUUGGAUUUGGAGAUCAGAAAGCUUGAAGAAGCUGUUGACUCCAUCCAUCAUAAUAUGAUUUCUAUGAUGCAUAGGCAAAUGGACAUGACGCUCGUGAACUUGAAAAUGAAUGUGAGAGUCGCACAUUAUAGUAUUGUGUCGAUUGGUCUCUGUAUUUCAGCCUCUGUUCUUCACUUUGGGUAUUUGAAGCGGUACUUUUGGAAGAAAAAACUCAUCUAG